CUUCCUGGAUUGCCCAGUCCCUACAGGCUUCUCUGGGAUCCAGUCUCUCUGCCAAGGCCCCUCAUGGACAAGCUCAUUCUGAUGAGCUUGGCGUCCCGUCUGGGGCAGGGCAGGAAUCCCACCGGAAGUUUUCUGCCCCCCGACAUGGACACCUGGGCUUCCUGCCACACAAGAGAAGCCGCCGGCACCGAGGCAAGGUGAAGACAUGGCCGCGAGAUAACCCCAGCCAGCCCGUGCACCUCACAGCCUUCCUGGGCUACAAGGCAGGCAUGACCCACACUCUGCGAGAAGUGCACCGGCCGGGGCUCAAAAUUUCCAAGCGAGAGGAAGUGGAGGCAGUGACGAUUGUGGAGACACCGCCUCUAGUGGUGGUGGGUGUGGUGGGCUAUGUGGCCACGCCUCGAGGUCUGCGGAGCUUCAAGACCAUCUUUGCAGAGCACCUCAGUGAUGAGUGCCGCCGCCGAUUCUACAAGGACUGGCACAAGAGCAAGAAGAAAGCCUUUACCAAAUCCUGCAAAAGAUGGCGGGACACCAGCGGCAAGAAGCAGCUCCAGAAAGACUUUGCCGCCAUGAAGAAGUAUUGCAAAGUCAUUCGGGUCAUUGUCCACACCCAGAUGAAGCUUCUGCCCUUCCGGCAGAAGAAGGCCCACAUCAUGGAGAUCCAGCUUAAUGGUGGUACAGUGGCUGAGAAGGUGGCCUGGGCCCAGGCCCGGCUGGAGAAGCAGGUGUCAGUUCACAGUGUAUUCAGCCAGAGUGAGGUCAUUGAUGUCAUUGCUGUCACCAAGGGCCGGGGUGUCAAAGGGGUCACAAGCCGCUGGCAUACCAAGAAGCUGCCUCGGAAAACUCACAAAGGACUACGCAAAGUGGCUUGCAUUGGUGCCUGGCACCCUGCCCGUGUGGGCUGCUCUAUUGCCCGGGCUGGGCAGAAGGGCUACCACCACCGCACUGAGCUCAACAAGAAGAUCUACCAAAUCGGCCGGGGGAUACAUAUGGAGGACGGGAAGAUGGUCAAGAACAAUGCAUCUACCAGCUAUGAUGUGACUGACAAGUCCAUCACACCACUGGGUGGCUUCCCCCACUACGGGGAAGUCAACAAUGACUUCAUCAUGCUAAAGGGUUGUAUCGCAGGUACCAAGAAGAGGGUCAUUACACUAAGAAAGUCCCUCCUGGUGCACCACAGCCGCCAGGCCCUGGAGAAAAUUGAGCUCAAGUUCAUUGACACCACCUCCAAGUUCGGCCAUGGCCGUUUCCAGACAGCCCAAGAGAAGAGGGCCUUCAUGGGCCCCCAGAAGAAGCAUCUUGAGAGAGAAAAGCCAGAGACCACAGAAGACUUGUAGGCUGCAUGGGCUGGGGAAUCCCAGAAGCCCGAUGAGCCCCUGCCUGCCCCUUCUGUCUAAUAAAGGCCAGAG